AUCUCUUUCCUUCAAAAUUGUUAAAUGGAAAUAAGGAUUCAGUUUAAGAGGCCGACGUUUUUGGUUUAUUUCAAUUUUCAAUUUUCUGCAAUUUUUUAAUUAAAUUUAGUGGUUGAGUGGCAAAAACUGGACGAGCGGCUCAAUCGGCUCGAACGGUUAACCGCCUUGGCCGCUCUUCAACCGCUACAUAAAACCGGAGCGGCUUUUAGACUGUUCCAAGCCGGUUUUGUGACCGGGUGGCGGUUUUACCGGUCAGGCCGAGCGGCUCGGCUCGGCUUUAAUUAACACUGCAAAAUUUCAUUAAGGGAUUUGGAUGAGGGGUUUUCACGAUGGAUUUCACCCAAAUCUCUUAUUAUCCUAGCUAGAUUUCGCCUAAUUCCUUCUUUUGAGAAAGAAACUGAAAUUCAUUAAUUUGUAGCUUGCAAAAUUUUGAAAACCUUGAGUUGCACGAUUAUAGUAUUGGACUUAGUUGUACGGUUGGGUUAAUUUGGGGAGUGUUUUUGUACUUUGCCACACCCGUGUGUUCUGGGGAAGGGUAUUUAUAUGGCUUGUUGUUGUUUACAGCCGCCAAGAACCCUAAGUUGCUGCACUCUAUCUUCAUAGUGAAACCUCAUCAUGAGAGCUGUGCUCUCCGUGGAUUAGUCCCGGUUUCCGGGGAUACCACGUAAUUCUCGGUGUCGUUUUCUUUCCGCGUUCGCAAUAUUUUACAUGGUAUCAGAGCAUUACGAUUCGACCUAGCGCUUCAUUUUUGAGUUUCCCUUGGAUCGAAGGCUGAGAUGACUGACGGCGACAAACCGGCUGGCACUUUGAGCGCCGAGCUCAUUCCGAUCAGCUCUCCCCUUUACCUCCAUCCCUCCGAAAAUCCUGCUCAACAGUUCGGUAGUGAUUUGCUGAAUGAUCUUAAUUACGGUGAAUGGGUGAAUGACAUGACCGAAACCCUAAUUGCCAAAAACAAGCUUGCUUUCGUCGAUGGAUCCCUCUCCCGCGCGCAGGCUGGUUCGGCUCGUCAUCAAGAAGCUUGGGAUCGUUGCGAUGCCACCGUCAAAGGCUGGCUGAAGACCGCGAUGACUCGCGAGGUUCGCAACAGCGUCCGCAUGGCCACUACUGCGCGUGCUAUCUGGACCGACCUUCAACGACGUUUCAGUCGUGGUUCGGCACAACGCGCAUAUGAGCUGCGCCGUACUAUUGCUGCUUUGCGCCAAGAGAAGUUGUCCAUCUGGGCUUUCUACACGAAAUUGAGGUCUUACUGGGACGAGAUGGACGCGGUCGGUGGUCUUCCCCGAUGCACUUGUGUCGGUUGUUCUUGCGGCGGGUGUAGCUGCAAUCUUCCCGGCCAGUUUCAAGCUCGCCUUGAGUCCGAGCGCCUCUUUGACUUCCUGCUCGGCCUGGACGACGCGUACUCCAUCGUCCGCUCGCAGAUCCUCAGUACGAAGCCUACGCCAUCGCUAGCUGAGGCCUACCAAACUGUGGCUGCCGAGGAACAGCACCGCAUGCUCACAGCUGGGCGGCGUCCCGUGGUCGAGACCGUCGUGUUUCAGGCCUAGGCCGAUAAGGAUUCAAAGGAGGAGCGCGAGAAGCCGCGUUGCUCACACUGCAACAAGCUCGGUCAUCUCCGAGAAACGUGCUACCGGCUGAUCGGCUUUCCCCCUGGUCAUCCGCGUGCGAAACAAGGCGAGGAGCGCCUUACGUCAGGUCCAAGACGUCCCAAGGCAGCUCAUGUUGAACCAGAGGCGGCUGAAUCAAGUGUGAGUCCUAUU